AUGGUUGGCGGCAUUAUGCAAGAUGCUAACUGGCAGCGCUGAUAGCAGACGGCGGCCAGCGCGAGCAAAAAUAACUUUUUGAGAGCUCUUCGGCUACAGCGCUAUCGCAUUUUGUUUCCAUGACUACCAAGCCGAUAGGCGAGCGUGUGCCAACCGAGCUCCCACUUCCUUUCAGACAAACACAGCCACGGCCGACUGCGGCUGCUUUCAAGGCGGGUUCAUCGCGUUCCGCGUCGAGAUUGUUUGGUUUCGGAACAGCCAGCCAGGGCGGUGAAAAGAAGCAACUCGAACAAAGAUGGCCAUACGUAAGCUGCUGGUCAAGGAUCAGAACAGAACUUUCGAAGACAAGCUGGUUACAUUUGCUGCAGACGUUCCAGGAAGAGUGUUGUGUGCCUUGUGCGUAAACAUAUGCUCUGAGCUCCUGGCUGAUCCCCAUGGCCACUUGUACUGUCGGUCAUGCUUGGGAAUGCUGGACAAUGAUGGAAUUAUUGAAUGUUGCGUUGACAGUGCGACGCACAGGAUUGAAGAUAUGGAAAACAGGAGCGAGAGAUUCCUGGAGGCUUUGAAGUUGACGGCCACGUGCCCAAAUGAAACAUGCAGCUACCAGGGGACACUUCGAGAGGUGAUGACUCACAUGGAAGACUGUGAUCAAAGGCCGGCAACUUGUGAUCAUUGUCAGAUGGACUGUGAUACAUUUGCAGAGCUGAGGGACGUGCACUUGCCACUUUGCUCUUCAAAACCUGUGAAGUGCCCCUACGCACGACUGGGAUGCAAUUUCCAGGCCUCUAACAAGGAGAUGGAGAAGCAUAUCUGUUCGUGUCAGCACAUGACGGCGCUAAUCGACCGAGUCAUCAAUCUCGAAGUGAAGCUGCAGGAAGUCAGAACGGAGAAUGAGCAGCUGAGGCAGCUGAUCGCGGAGAAGGAAGAAGUAUUCAAGAAAACGGAUGAGUACUUCCGUGCAAAUAUGCAAGAAGACCUUGAAGAGCUGCGUACAGAAGUUCUGUUCGAAACGGAGCGUUCCAGACCGAGCCGCAGAUUAAAGAGAGACUUCGAGCCCUGGAAGAGAAGCACGCCAUCUUGGAAGAACCGCUAGAAAACCUCUUGGCCGAAAUAGCAAGGGCAAAAUAAGCUGCAAUUAUUGCACUUAAGAACUUGGUAAUCACCCAGUGUGUCGUCUCUAAAGUUACUUUCAUGUGUUUAUACAAAGAAUUCCCAUCAUGCUUUUUUGUUUUCGUUUGAGUAUUGCGCAAGAGUAAUAAGCAUUGAAGAACGUGUUUGUGAGCGGUCUCUUUUCAGAAUAAAUUGUGUUGUGAGAAGUACUGAAUAUUUGAUCA